AGCUUUUGGGGCUUGCUGCUGGGUGGCGCGGCGAAUGUGUUCAGUUUGAAGAAGCAGAAGACUAAGAUUCACUGUCACACGUGUCUUUAAUGAGCAAAUCGAGCAAUCUUGCACUCGUUAUUACAAUCCCGAAUACCUAAAUAUUUGAAUAUUACUGACAUGGGUAGAAUGGGCAGGAAAAAUAAACGUGAAAAAAAGGAUGGCGCUGCGUUAUCUUGGGGAACCAAGAACAAGAAUGAAGGAUAUGAUGUCGUUGUCAAAGAAAAUUCAGCAUUUGAAACGUAUUAUAAGGCUCAAAAAAUCGUCCCUGAUGAUCAAUGGGAAUCGUUCAUGUAUCACUUGAAGGAACCUCUCCCUGCUUCAUUUAGAAUUUCUGGGCAUCGUAAUCAAGGAAAAGCUAUAUUGAAAAUUAUGGAAGGGGAAUAUUUUAAGGCAUUGACUGAAGAACAAGCUAAACCUGAAUGCCUUACUUGGUAUCCUGAAAAUCUGGCAUGGCAACUGAGUCUGACUAGGAAAGAUAUCCGUAAAUCUGAAGCAAAUGUGAAACUACACAAUUUCUUAGUGUCAGAAACUGAAGCAGGAAAUAUUAGUAGACAAGAAACUGUGAGUAUGAUCCCACCCCUUGUUCUUGAUGUCCAGCCCCAUCACAAGGUUUUAGACAUGUGCGCCGCCCCCGGCUCAAAAACUAGCCAAUUAGUGGAAAUGCUACAUUGUGAUGAGGGAAAAGCACCAGAAGGUUUAGUUAUUGCAAACGAUUCGAACAACAAAAGAUGUUAUCUGUUGACUCAUCAGUUGAAGAGACUGCCAUCACCAAAUCUGAUAAUUACAAACCAUGAUGCGUCUCUGAUGCCUAAUUUUCAUAUUCCUACUCCAGGAGGAGGGAAGGAUGUCUUGAAGUUUGACCGAAUUUUGUGUGAUGUGCCCUGUUCUGGAGACGGUACUCUACGAAAAAACUUGGAUGUUUGGAUGAAAUGGAACAGCGCCAAUGGAUCAAGUCUUCACGGUUUGCAAUAUCGAAUUGCGCGACGUGGAGCUGAAAUGCUAUCCGUGGGUGGGAAAAUGGUUUAUUCUACAUGUUCGUUGAAUCCCAUGGAAAACGAGGCAGUCAUUCACCGCUUGCUAGUCGAAGCUAAGGGAUCGCUGGAAUUAGAAGAAGUGAGUGACAAAUUGCCUGGACUGAAGUAUGUUCCUGGAUUGUCUCACUGGGUCGUUAUGAGUCGGGUUUUGACUGCCUAUGCAACACCGGAAGAAGUUCCUGAAGCAAUGAAGCACAUUCUUCGAGGAUCAUUGUUCCCCCCUAAACCUGAAGAUGCCGAUAAAUUUCACCUGGAACGAUGCUUGCGAAUUCUCCCUCAUCAACAGAACACUGGUGGAUUUUUUGUUUCUGCAUUGAAGAAGGUGGCUCCUCUUCCAUGGGAAGCACAAGAAAGGAAACCAAUUGUAGCAGCUACCAACAGCACUGCUGUGGUAAGCACAGAAGUGGAAUCGACGAAGGACAACGCUCCUCGAUCACCUGCCCGAAAGAGGCAAAAGAUUCGAGGGUUUAAGGAAGACCCUUAUCUUUUUUUCGACGAAGAUGAAGAAUUGUGGCCUCCCAUCAAAGAAUUUUACGGAUUAAGUGAUACAAUGGACCCUAAGUUACUGUUGACUCGCUGCAAAGAGGGAAAGAAAAAGAAUAUUUACUACACUAGUCCCAUGGUUCGCGAUUUGACUAGAACAAAUGAAGACCGAUUAACGAUCAUCAAUACAGGAAUUAAAAUGUUCGCGCGCAGUGAAAACAAGGGCACCGAUUGUGGAUAUCGUAUCGCCCAAGAGGGAGCGCUAGCAAUGAUGGAGUUCAUGAAGAAGAGACGAGUAGUAAUCACAAGAGAUGAUAUGACUAUGCUACUUUUGAACGACGACAUGAACACGCCACCGGAAAUUCAUUCGUUUAGUUCAGGUGCAGCCAAGCAGUUGCACGAAAUCGAUACUGGCAGUACGCUGAUGGAAUGCUAUGAGGAUGGACUUCAUAUAGUCGUAGUUGCUUGGAAGGGGAAAACGUCUGUUAGAGCAUAUGUAGCAAAAUGUGAUCGGAUACAUUAUUUGCGCUUGUGUGGAGCUGACCUAUCGAAAUUCGAGGUUAAUAAGUUUGCGGAAAAAGAACGUUCAGCCCAAAAUGACCUAGAAGAAAAAGAAGAAAAUCAAGGGCAAGAAGAUGUUAGUAUUGAUGAAGGUCAUAAGGUUCCUGCCGACAUGGACAACGUAGAAAAAGAGAUUCCAGUUGAUAUCGACAGCGCAGAAAAUCAGGCUCCAGUUAAUAUGGAUGUCGUCGUGAAAGAAGACGCGGUUGCGGAGUAAGGAGCAAUGAUUCUUUUCAGAAUUUAUUUUUCCAUUAACCUUUGUAUUAUUGGUUCGUACAUUAUCAAUAAAACACAAAACAUGAUCCAAUCCAGGGGAGCAAGAGUUGUUAACUACUGUAAUAUUGUAAGUUCAUAAAUUUUAUAAUCAUGUUUUUUUAGGAACAGGAAUUCAAACAUAUUACCAUCAACACAUUUAAGUUUUAUUAGUUCUUGCGCUUCUUACUUUGGUUGUCUUCCUGCAAUUCAAAUAUAUAUAUAUAGGUAUAACUAGUAAUCUAUGACACAAACUGUGACAAUACCUUCUGAGCAAGAAUAAUCAGCAAGUAUCGGAAAAUAUUUACGAAAUCGAUGAAAAGAUCAACUGAAUGCCAAACAAAAUCUUUAUCCCCGAUGCGGCGCUUUUCGAUGAUCAGUUGGGUGUCGUACAGGACUAAAUAUUUAAUUAUUGGUUAAUUCAUAUUAAAAUAAACAAUUUACACUUAAGCUAAACAGUUUUGUUUACCAAAUCCACACAUGACCGCGAAUCCCAAAUACAGGUAAGCCUGAAAGAAUAAAGUGGUCAAGUCAUAUUUUCACUAAAAUUAUACUAGCACCUAUAGAUACUAUACCUGAAAAACUAGAACUGAUCCAAUGAAAAUAUUUGCCAAAAAGAGAAUGCUUAGCAAUGAGAACAUUGAAAGCAGUGGAGCUCCAAGAAACAAAUAUUGGCCUCUAGGUGACAGUAAAGCACAAAGAGAGAAACAUGUAAAAAGCACAGCUGUAGACAAGAAAGCUGUAGAAAUGAUGGCUGGAUUAAUACGAAUAACUGUAUCCAACAGAGGUCCAAGUCCUAGACCUGU